UGUUUGUCAUACCACGCACGCACCCUCGACUCCAAGCCAAGUAAACCCGUAAUCGUCACUAACUAAUUUGUUCUCAUUGCUGCUGCUGCGUACAGUGUAGCACACCAAAAGGAUCAAAUUACUUUUCCCAAAGUUAAAAUGUCUCACGGAGGAAGAAAUGAGUGCAGAAUUUACGUCGGAAAUUUGCCACCCGACAUCAGAACCAAGGACAUCCAGGAUCUCUUCUACAAGUUCGGAAAAGUAACGUUUGUUGACUUGAAAAAUCGCAGGGGACCUCCAUUCGCCUUCGUCGAAUUCGACGACCCAAGAGAUGCAGAGGAUGCCGUGCACGCGAGAGAUGGCUAUGAUUACGAUGGGUAUCGUCUUCGAGUCGAGUUUCCGCGAGGAGGAGGUCCGAGCAACAAUUUCCGAGGGGGUCGCGGAGGAGGCGACAGUGGCCGAGGAGGCGGCGGUCGAGGGGGUGACAUGAACAAUUCGCGAGGUCGAGGUCCACCGGCACGCCGUUCUCAAUAUCGGGUUCUCGUCACCGGACUGCCUCCUUCCGGAAGUUGGCAGGAUCUCAAGGAUCAUAUGCGAGAGGCUGGGGAUGUUUGCUUCGCCGAUGUUUACAAAGAUGGCACUGGGGUCGUUGAAUUUCUACGUUACGAGGACAUGAAAUACGCCGUGAAAAAGCUUGACGACUCUCGAUUCCGCUCUCAUGAGGGAGAGGUGGCGUAUAUUCGUGUGAAGGAGGAUCACGGACCGGGCGAGCGGGGUCGCAGCGAAGACCGGGAACGCGGAAGAACCCGUUCUCGAAGCUACAGUCCACGACGUCGCGGCUCACCGACUUAUUCGCCAUUGCGACGACACUCGCGAACACGUUCACGAUCCAGGUCUCGUUCUUAC